CGAUCAACUUUCUGGGUUUGACAUGGCAGCUGAAGCCAUCCGACGGCCCUGUGUUAAACAACGGACUGGGCACUGGCCUGCCUGUCAACAGCGAUGUGGCCACGCUGCCCUCUGGAGGCAGAGGUCCGUGGGCAGGCAGAAACAGCAGCAUAGACACGGGCAACAUUGAUGUCGGGAGGCGGGUGACUCAAGAGGUACCUCCGGGGGUGUUCUGGAGGUCACUGCUGCACCUCAGCCAACCCCAGUUCCUCAAGUUCAACAUAUCCUUGGGCAAGGACGCCCUGUUCGGAGUGUACAUUCGCAAGGGCCUGCCUCCCUCACAUGCACAGUAUGACUACAUGGAGCGGCUGGACGGGAAGGAGAAGUGGAGCGUGGUGGAGUCUCCGCGGGAGAGGAGGAGCAUCCAAACCGUGGUCCUUAAUGAGGCAGUGUUUGUCCAGUACCUGGAUGCAGGCGCCUGGCACCUGGCCUUCUACAACGAUGGCCGGGAAAGAGAGAUGGUCUCCUUCAGCACAAACAUCAUGGAUUCGGUGCAGGAGUGCCCGCGCAAUUGCCAUGGCAACGGAGAGUGUAAUUCUGGUGUGUGUCACUGCUUCCCAGGAUUCCACGGCAUGGAUUGCUCCAAAGCGGCGUGCCCGGUGCUCUGCAGCGGCAACGGCCAAUACGACAAGGGCUCCUGUGUGUGUUACAGUGGCUGGAAGGGGCCCGAGUGUGACGUCCCCAUCACGCAGUGCAUCGACCCUCUUUGCAGCGGCCACGGCACCUGCACCGACGGCAACUGCGUGUGCUCCAUUGGCUACAAAGGGCAGAACUGUGCAGAGGUCGAUUGCUUGGAUCCGACGUGUUCCAACAACGGCAUCUGUGUGAACGGGGAGUGCCACUGUAAGCCAGGAUGGGGAGGGCUGCACUGCGAGUUGCCCAGGGCCCAGUGCCCAGACCAGUGCCACGGCCACGGGGCCUUCAUACCAGACACUGGGCUGUGCAGCUGUGACCCCAACUGGAUGGGACCUGACUGCUCCAUGGAGGUUUGUUCCGUUGACUGUGGGACUCAUGGAGUGUGCAUGGGUGGCGCAUGUCGCUGUGAGGAGGGCUGGACUGGCGCCGGCUGUGACCAGCGCGUGUGCAACCCGCUCUGCAUCAAACAUGGGACCUGCAAGGACGGAAAGUGCCAGUGUCACCAGGGCUGGAACGGGGAGCACUGCACCAUCGACGGCUGUCCCAACUUGUGUAACGGGAACGGCCAGUGCACCAUGGGACAGCAGAGUUGGCACUGUGAAUGCCAGACAGGCUGGAGGGGCCCCGGCUGCAGUGUCGCCAUGGAGACUUCCUGUGCAGACAACAAGGACAAUGAAGGAGACGGACUCACAGACUGCAUGGACCCAGACUGUUGCAUCCAGAGUCCCUGUCAGAACAGCCCACUGUGCCGUGGCUCCCGGGACCCACUGCAAGUCAUCCAGCAGAGUCCCGUGUCCCAGCCCCACGUCCGCUCAUUCUAUGACCGAGUCAAAAUGCUCGUUGGGCGGGACAGCACCCACACCAUCCCGGGGGAAAACCCGUUCAACUCCAGCUUGGCGUCUCUAAUCCGGGGUCAGGUGUUGACGACAGAUGGAACCCCUCUGGUGGGGGUGAACGUGUCUUUUGUCAACAAACCUCAAUACGGAUACACGCUGACACGGCAGGACGGAAUGUUUGACCUGAUAGCAAAUGGCGGUGCAUCACUGACUCUGCGGUUCGAGCGCGCCCCCUUCCUGAGCCAGGAGCGCACCGUGUGGCUGCCCUGGAGCCAGUUUUAUGCUAUGGACACUCUGGUGCUUAAGACAGAAGAGAACACGAUCCCGGGCUGUGACCUGAGCGGCUUCGUCAGACCUGACCCUCUUGUGAUUGCAUCCCCUCUCUCCUCCUUCUUCAGCUCCAAACCAGGGGAGAAACCCAUCAUACCGGAGACACAGGUGCUGCAUGAGCAGAUCGAGGUCCCUGGCACAAGCCUAAAGCUGUGCUACCUAAGCUCCAGGACGCAGGGUUACCGCUCCCUGCUCAAGGUGACCAUGACUCCAGCCGUGGUGUCUAUGGGGCUGCUGAAGGUUCACCUGAUGGUCGCAGUGGAGGGUCACCUCUUCCAGAAGUGGUUCCACGCCUCACCGAACCUGGCCUACACCUACAUCUGGGAUAAGACCGAUGCAUAUGGGCAGAGGGUCUACGGGCUUUCUGAAGCUGUUGUGUCAGUGGGCUACGAGUAUGAGUCCUGUGCCAGCCUAAUCCUUUGGGAGAAGAGGACAGCCAUUCUGCAAGGCUAUGAACUGGAUCCUACCAAUCUUGGCGGCUGGUCACUCAACAGGCACCAUAUUCUCAACACGCGCAGCAGCAUACUUCACAAGGGCAGCGGUGAAAACAUUUUUGUGACAGAGCAGCCUCCUGUUAUCACCAGCAUCAUGGGAAAUGGCCGGAGGCGCAGUAUCUCCUGCCCCAGCUGUAACGGCCUUGCAGAUGGCAACAAACUGCUGGCGCCGGUUGCCCUGGCGAUGGGCAUCGAUGGCAGCCUCUACGUUGGAGACCUCAACUUUGUACGCAGGGUGUAUCCAUCUAUGAACACAACCGGCAUCCUGGAAUUAAGGAACAAAGAUUUCAGACACAGUAAUAACCCAACCCAUAAGUACUUCCUGGCUGUGGAUCCAGUAUCUGGGGCCGUGUUCAUCUCAGACACCAACUCCAGGCGAAUCUAUCGUGUUCGGUCGUUAACGGGAGGCCGGCUGCUGUCGGACAACGCAGAGGUGGUGGCUGGGACGGGGGAGCAGUGCCUGCCCUUCGAUGAACGCUGCGGCGACGGCGGCAAAGCAACUGAAGCUACGCUUAUGAGCCCCAAAGGCAUUGCUGUGGAUAAAAACGGCCUGAUGUACUUCGUGGAUGCCACCAUGAUCCGUAAGGUGGACCAGAACGGCAUCAUCUCCACUCUGCUCGGGGCCAACGAUCUCACCGCCAUACGACCACUGAGCUGUGACACAAGCAUGGACGUCAGCCAGGUGCGUCUCGAGUGGCCAACGGACUUAGCAGUGAACCCCAUGGACAAUUCCCUCUAUGUCCUGGAAAACAAUGUCAUCCUUCGCAUCACUGAGAACCACCAGGUGAGCAUCAUAGCCGGUCGGCCCAUGCAUUGUCAAGUGCCAGGCAUUGAUUACAGCCUCAGCAAGCUGGCCAUCCACGCUGCCUUGGAGAGCGCCACUGCCAUCGCCCUGUCUCACACUGGCAUCCUCUACAUCGCUGAGACAGACGAGAAAAAGAUCAACCGCAUCAGACAGGUAAGCACUAAUGGAGAAAUCUCUCUCCUGGCUGGUGCUGCCUCCGACUGCGACUGCAAGAACGACGUCAACUGCAACUGCUUCUACGGCGAUGAUGGCUACGCCCCCGACGCCGGCUUGAACUCCCCCACCUCUUUGGCCGUGUCCCCUGAUGGGAGCCUCUUCAUCGCAGACCUCAACAACAUUCGAAUCAGAGCCGUGCGAGCCAAUCGGCCCGGCCCUGCAGUGUCGAGCGUGGGCUACGGAGGAUCCGCGCAGUACGAGGUUGCCUCGCCGAGAGAGCAGGAGCUGUAUGUCUUCAACGGAGAGGGGCUUCACAUCCAGACUAUUAGCCUCGUAACCGGGGAGCCACUUUACAAUUUCACCUACGGCCCUGAUGGAGAACUAGCCAUGCUGGUGGACAACUGCAACAACACGGUUAAAGUACGGAGGGACGGUUUGGGUCAGGGAGGAGGAGCCGGCCUGCUCAGACUGGUGCUGCUGCCAGAGAAUCAGGUAGUGACGCUGGGACUGGACCCCACAGGGGGGCUGCGUAGUGUGUCUGCCCUGGGCCAGGAGGUGGCUCUGAUGGGCUACAGUGGCAACACAGGCCUCCUGGCCACCAAAGCUGAUGAGACUGGAUGGACCACGUUUUACCAGUACGACAGCGAGGGUCGCCUGACCAAUGUGACAUACCCCACGGGCAUGGUGACGAGUCUCCACCGCGAGAUUGAGCGCUCCAUCAACAUUGACAUCGAGAGCUCCAGCAGGGACGACGAUGUCACUGUCAUCACCAACCUGUCGUCCGUGGAGGCGUCAUACACCGUGGUGCAAG